AUGUUCGACGACAGCGUCCCCUUCGAUGGUCAUGCCGCGCUGACAAUCAUUCUUCCCUCAUAUGCUCUGCUAUACCUCGAAGCUAUCCUUGUCCAACUCUCUGGCACCCGGUUGCUACGCCUGGCGCUGCUACCAUGCGGCCUAUACUUCAUGCUGCAGUCCGCGAAGGUCGACCAGACCUCUAUGUUCCCAGACAGUUACAAGUCUAGGCUAACUUACUUCAACCUGGGGAACAUCACAAUCAUGCUCACCCUCGCCAUGCAACUGAUCACCUUCGCAACAGCACCAAGACCCCUUUACCGCAUCGACCAUACGCCCUCGAAUCCCACCAAACCCUCCCUCCCCACCCUCCUCUCCAACGCCCUCGACCUCAUGUUCAACGCCCGCGGCAUCGGCUGGAACUGGGGGACCUCCAUCCCAAAACCCACCUACCCAACCCGCCGACCCCGCGCCAUCCUCUACUCCCUCGCAUCCUUUACUUUGCACACUCUCCUCGUCGAUGCCGUACUCUCGGCCAUGUACACCCUCAACCCGGCGCUCCGGAACCCUGAGGGCGCGUCGAUGUACGUGGAUCACACUGGAGCGCCAUUGUCACCCCUCACUACUACCGUCAUCACCCUCUGCAUGGGCACCAUCAUCUACGCCGCCGUCGUCUACCCCUACGACGCCGUGCGCACUACCGCGCUCCUCUUGGGCGCCGACCCCGCGCGCUGGCCGCCCUUGUUCGAUAAACCCUGGACUGCGACUUCGCUCAAAGAUUUGUGGGGCCGCCGCUGGCACCAGAUGUUCCGGCAUAGCUUCGUGGUGCUGGGUGCGAAGCCUGCACGGAAAAUUGGGAAAUAUCUAGGUGGAAAAAUCGGCGCCCGCGUCCUGGGCCUCCUCGGCGCUUUCGCCCUCUCUAGCCUCCUCCACAGCUUACCCCUCCACGGCAUGGGCCGCGGCGGGGACGCCUUCCGUGUCUCGAUGUUCUUCAUGAUGAUGGGUCUGGGUAUCAUUCUCGAGGAUGGCUGGCAGAAAUGGACUGGCAGAACCAUCGGUGGGGUGUCGGGACGGAUAUGGACCUUCGUGUGGUUGUUGGGAUGGGGCCACUUCCUCGUCGAGGCGUACUGUCAGAAGGGCAUCGCUGGAGCCUUGUGGUUCCGCAUAGUGACCUUUAGUUUGUACGGUAUACCGGAGCAUGCUUGAAAUACUCACCGCAAUAUCUGACCGC